UGAAAAAAAAAACAAUAAUGUCUACGGUUGACGCCUUGACUUAGUUGACGAUUUUUUUCAAUUUUUAUUCAAUUUACUCGAAAACUUUAUCAAACGCAGUGAUAUAAUCAGAUUACUAAUAUUUAUAUAUAAAUUACUUACCAAUGAUUUUCUUUCAAACAUAUUUGUCCCUGAGUAACCGUAGACGGAAUAUGUGCAUGGAUAUAAUGCGCGUUUUAUCAUUCUGCAUGUGCGUGAAAGAAAUGUCAGUUUAUUGAAUAUACGUAAUUUUGUUAUUGUGUUAAAAUGUAAUGCUUCCAAACAAGUGUGGAUAAUAAUUUUACUAUGUGAUAAUAGUGUGUGUGAUUAAACAGAUGAUCAAUUCAGUUGUAAUGAAACGAACAAAAGUGUAGUGUCGGGUAGUUAGUUCUUGACAGCCGGCAGGCUCGUCGUCGUAAGUGACUUACGAUUGGCCCCUUAUAAAAAUGAACAGUCGUAGUAGCGUAAAUGAAUCGAAUUUGGUGAAUCUCUCAGGGGAUCUGUCGGCAUUAAAUCAAUUGGACGCGAAAGAGUCGUUGGCGCUGAGUUUUCCAUUUGACCACAUAUACGCAUGUCAUUCAGAGGACUCGGAUCGGCGACAAGCACAUCUUGACAAGGAAGUAGAAGUUUCGUCGCACCCUGAUGACAAGGAGGCAGGGGUUGCCGCGGAGCCAACCUUCGAGAUCACUAGGCUCUCAGAGAGAUUAACUGCUGCUGAAAUUCAAAACAAAAGGUUGAAAAAUUUGCUUGUGUAUCAUCUGGAUUUGAUACAACAACAAAAUGAACUUAUAACUAAAAAGGACAAACAGAACACUGCUCUGAAAUUGGAAAAUGACUCUCUUAAGUCUAAGGUGACACGUAUGGACAGGAGGAUAACCGUGAGUCAAAGGCAUAAUGUUAACCCCGCACCUGUUAUAAAUGUCCCACCCCCAAAUGCUACUUCUACUACUAUCAAGAGUGAACCUGCUACUACUGAUAAUCAGGUAGUGUUUAACAGUCUAACAGAUUUUUUGGUGCCAGAGAGCAGAGCAAAUUCAUAUGUUUUCAAUAAUGAUGCUUCUAAAACCAAACCUUUGAUGCCACCGGAGUCUUUUGAUUUGAACAGACCUUCUGAAACAGACGUAACAACAUAUUUGCCCGGCGACAUCAGCGUGCCUUCGAUUUUGGACAACAGUAGCCUGCAAUGCGAUAACUUCGGCACCAUGAUUGAGAAUAAGCGAUCGUAUAUCAAAAAGGAAAUCAAGACUGAACCCCGACCCGAACCACUGUACACUGUCACGUCAAACAGGUUCGGAAACACGGUGAUACAGAAAAUACAGAGGAAUCGGAGAAGAACAUCUGGCAGUUUGGGUAGCUUGAGUCGGCUGCCUAAAACUCCAACAGUCAAAACUGAGCCACCGGAAAAUGUGAAUAUGUUCGACGAUGAUAAGGCGUUUGAGCGCACUUUUAGUGUAAAUAAGAAAUCUAAAAUGAUAAAUACUUAUGGCAAGUCUAAAACCUCCACUCUUCCAAAGAAAACGCUUCACUACACCGGUUCGCUGUCUGAUCGGCUACAGCUGAUCGACACGACCCCUACCGGGGAAGACCCUUACCAACUAGGGGAAGCGGACAUGAGGGAGCAAUCGCCGAUACCAAAACUUAUGCUUCAAAAAACUAAUCAUGGGAGAAUGAAGAUAUGUUCGGACCUCUCGGGAGACAGUGCAGCGACUUCUAGGCGGAUAUACGAUGUGCCAGCAACCGAAACGAGUACUAAAAUGCCAAAUAAAAUAAAAUUAGAGAAAAGGUAUAAUUUGCCAAAUAUAGUUCCGUAUUCAGCGCCUCAAUCAACUACGCAUACAUCUACGCACACGACGCAGACGCCUUCAGAUGCGUGUACGCAUGUGUCUACGUACACGCACGUUACUAAGCCGGACGCCCUGACGCCUAAGCGAAUAGCUACGUUAACUCCUAAGCAGACGUCUACGCUCACGACGAAUGCGUGCACGCAUAUGUCUACGUACACGCAUCCGACGCGGAACACUUCGACGCGUACAGGUGCCUCGCACAAGGCAGCGAAAGGCCAGCACAAGUCGCCUCCGGCUGCGUCUCGCAAGUCGCCACACUCGGCCGCCAGUAAAGGUUUGCAAAAAGGCGUACUCAAAAGCUCUCUAACGAGCCCACACACGACGAUGGCUUCGCUGACGCCGCUGCACGUCGUGCCGCUGUCGGGCUUGCAGACGACACACUCGUCACUGACCACGCCGUUGACUCCCGUUUCGGCCUCACUUACAAUACCCGAAAUUAAAAAAGAAUCUCUCGAGUCGCCGACGACGUCGCCCUUAAUGCAGCAAUCAGAUCUGGAUAACAUAAAGAAGGAACCAAAUUUGGAAUGGCCUUUAUUCUCAACGUUAUAUUCAACAGCGAGAACUGAGACUAGUUUAUGCGAUUUCUCGUAUGGUGAAAAUCCGAAUUUGACACCUCUGCCCACUCUUGAUGUUUCGGAAUUUCGUCAGCUUAUUGAUGCGGAGGCCGCAGCAGAGGCCGCAGUCGAUGCUCUUACAAACAAUUUAGAUUACGGCUCCAUUGAUAAGAAUGAAAGCGAUAAGAUGAAAAAAAGGGGAGCGCGAACCACUAGCUUAGUUGGGCCCGAAGAGGAUCCCUCGGACAGUCGACGUGGCAUGGGAAGCAAACGUGGUAGGAAACGAGCGCUGUCAGCUGCAGGAGUCAUUAAAAACUCGAAGCAAAAUUUAUCGAAACCAGUCGGGCCCAAGGCAAAGAUGGUCAAGGGUAAAGCUGCUUGCCGCGGCAAGAAAUCUCCGCUGCCAGGAAUGAUGACGAGGAAACCGUAUCACACCCUGGUGGGAGACCCGGACCUAUCGUGGUACCUCGGCCUGGACCCCGACGUUAAAAUGGAAGACAUCGAUCAAGGGGACUGCAAAGCCUCCACUGUAGAGGUACCGAGAUGGCGAGAGAAGCCAUACACUAGUUUAUAUAGUCUUGAAGGAACAGAGAAUUUAGAUGAUAAAGUUUUUGAAAAACGACAUCAAAAAUUAGAAGCUGAAGAGCGCAGACAAUUGAGGUGGCAUAUGCGUCGGAUUCGGGAGCAAAGGCACGUGGAGCGACUGCGCAUGCGUCAGAGGGAUCCUUGGUACAGCGGUCACUCGCCCUACCAACCGUCUGUGUACACGAUUUGGCCACAACCCCAAAGAGAUGUUAGAAUGAUCGAGAUCACAGAUACUAUACCCGUCAUGGCUUUCGGGGAAGAUCUGCCAGAUUUGCCACCUGCUGACUUUAUGCUACCGUGGGUGAGAACGUCGAAAGCUUUGAAAAGGUCCAAACGUUCGAAGACGCUACACUGAUUGUUCGCGGCCUGCGUGGUCGCUCUACAAUACGCACUCAAGCAUGAACUUCGUGCGAUCCGGCUUCCAGUCUCCGCAGCAUUGCUCAUGGAGAACAUUUCUUAUCUAUAAGCAGAUUAGACUAGCAGGUAAUAUGUAGGUAACAAUAGUUUGGUCAUAAUGCGAUGUGAACUGCCUUAUUUAUUGACAAUUUUAUUCGAAUGCUGGUGUAAUUCUCGCCAAACUUUAUGACGUAUCGGAAUAUUGCCGCUACCAGUUCAGGUGCCGAAAGAAAAUAUUUUAGUUAUGCGCAUGCACCUGUGCUCGGAAGUUAGUUGCGAGCCGCCAUUAAGUUUGGCGAUAACUUUGCUAUCAAAGAAUUUACGUGUCAUGAUUGAAAACUGAACCAUGUGCCUAAGCCGGAUUUUGUUCUUUCAAAAUGUAUCAAGUAUUUAAAAAUUUAAAUUUAAAUGACAGAAAUAAGUACUCCAUUUGAUACUCAAUAGUCAAGUUCAUUUAAAAUGAUGUGAACAAAUCCGAAAAUGUGCAUGACAUGUAAAUUGUUUGUAUAUUUGACGGCGUUCGUAUAUUCCAUAGUCUGUACCUACCUAAAUAUCAUUAAGCUGAAUGACAGACAUUUUCCAUAAUCUGAUAACAACGCGCUUCCAAGUAAUAUAGUUAUAGUAAGUUCAUUAAAUUGAUCUAGAGCAGUUGCAGUUUCAUAAUAAUUCAUAAUCAUUUCACUGACUUGCAUAAAAUGAUGACAGAGGUUCUGAUGAUUAUAUUUUUCAUAACUCAUCAUAAACAAAAAUUUAUACUUACCUUAUAACUCUAUAUGAGUGAGCACUUAAAUAAAGGUAAACAAACUUAAACUUUUCCUAGUCUAUGUUUACGUAGAGUGAAGAAACUUCAUGGUUGCAAUUGCGUUGGUUUUGGCGGUAAUUACAAGAUCCACAUCCUGUUUAUGCUCGUCAGAAAAUAGGACUGGCCGUUUAUCGAGUCACGAGAUAAAUAUUUGAUGUUUUAAGCUCUCUAACGCUGUGUUUUGGGCCAGGCGAGUGUGCGCGAGAUAGUAUGAACACUACAUAUUUGACUGUCACGCAAAUAUAAGGGGUUUAUCGAACUAGUGUUUGAAAGGGUCGUUAUUCCAAGAUGGCCCUCAGCCCGAACUCGACUAAAGCGAGAGACGAGAAGAGCAGAGCAGAGAUUUUUUUUACAACUGGAGAUAUUUUCUACUUAGUCCCUAUCAGUCCGGUGGCAGGAUGUUUCUAUUGGUUGUUGAAAAACAUCUUUGGAUAGCUCUCGUCGUCUCCGUGUUAGGGCACUUUCAACUUAUUCGUUUCUUGACGGCCUGCUGCGAUGCCGAAGCGGUGCGUAGACGUACGGCGUACGGACGUUCCUUCGUUUUAUAUGAAUAAAGAGGAACGUCCAUACGCCGUACGUCUAACGCAUAAGUUGGAAGCGCCCUUAGUGGAGUUUGGGCCUAAAUCAUUUGUGUCGUCUUUUGUUUGUAAAUAUGGAAUGAAUCAUGAAUUAAUGACGUUUUGUAAAUAUCGAACAUAUUGAAUAUGUUCACUUUUUUUCUAGUUUUAUAUUUUCUAUUUUGAAAAUAUACCAUAAAAAAAUGAAACACGUCACAUAACUUUUAGAAUAUAAUUUAUCAACAUCGUCAUAUUUGCUUUCCAUCUUUUGUAACACGUUAUCAAAUAUUAAAAAAAUAUAACAACUACAUGCAAAGUAUAUUCUUUCAAAAGCAAUAUUCAUUAUUCGACUUUCUAUUCUAACUUGUUUGUAGAACCUAUUCGCCGGGUCUUUGAAAAGGCAAGUCAUAUAACAAUAGUGGAAUGAUUUAAUAGUGAAACUUAGUUAGUGACACUAUAUGCGUAGCCAAUAAGAUUAUUUUUACAUUAUGUCAGUACAUUUAUAUAAAAAAAAGUAAAAGGAAAAAAUAUUUUCACGGAUCAUAUUUUUAUGAAGAAAAAGAAACAGUAUAAUUAUGUAGUUUCUGCAUCUUUAUUCAAGGACUGGUUUUGCUUACAGAGGUAUGUAAUGCGUUACCAGUUGUUGAGUCCUAGUCGGCAUUUGGUGACUGUAACAUUAUCCUAAUAUAAGAAAAAGUCAGUGCCUCAAAUUUUACAGCCAUCAAGUGAAACUGAACAACUUUGGAUACGAUGACAUCGCGUACAAAGUUUUCAGUUUCUUACAGCAGCUAGAAAUGUAGUCCACUAGAAACUUUAGUAUAAAUAACCUUUUAUUUCACUUGAUGAUCUUCGGAGAUUUUUGUUUAUAUUGCCUUGACUUCAGGAAACAGGAAAUACUUUAGAAAUGAUCCAACGGCAUUGUACUUCAGAAUAUCACUUUUGCUUUAAAGUAGUCGUAGAACAAAAAUAACAUUAAAUGUUAAAGUUUAAAGUAGGCCUUUGGUUUUAAAAUGUCUGUAUGUUGCUCGAGUUAUCCCUCACAGUUAAUUGCACAAACAAACCAAUCUGUCUUACAAGAAAUACUUUUUUGCAGUUUUUCUAUAGUUUAGGAAUUUAGAGAUUUGAAAGUUGAUAAGAUGAUUGAAAUGGGAGAAAUUAAUGAAAAGAAUUUGAAUGAAUGAUGGAGUGGAAUGGCGACGUGUAUAAGGCAAGAAGCAUUCUAGGAGAAUCGAAAGGGAGUGUUAGAGAAGGAAACUUGGUGGUGGGUGAAAGAAGUGCAUGUAAUGAGGAGGGAUGAUAAGCAUUCAACAAAGUGUGUGCUAGGUAUGAAUGUAGAUGGAUGGAGAGGAAGAGAAAGACCUAAGAAAAGAUGGAUGGAUUGCCUGAAAGAUGACAUGAAUAGGAAGGAAGUGAGUGUCAGUGUGACGAGUGACAGGAAAAAUGGAAGAGGAACGUGUCAGGAAGAAGAAGACUAGUUUUUCCAUAGUUGAAAUCCGAUCACAAAAGAAACCUUUUUAUACGAAAAUCAUUUUGUUAACUAAAUAGAACAUCGUUUGUACACUCGUGUGUGCUGUUUAUAUUUGUCGUAUAAUAGAUGUAUAGUUAGAUAGACAAACUAGUUAGACAAUUACUGUUCUUGUUCGAGUACUGUAGAUAACGUUUGCUUAUUACAAAGAUACGCGGAGUGGUGGUAUCUGUGAUCGUAGAAGACUGCGUUGGAAUAGACACGUUAAACUGACGGUGAAACUAUCUAUCGGAUUGAACCAAAUUAAAGCGGAGAAGUUUUUAAAAAGGCAUAUCCCCGCUCCGAUACCACAGACUAAAUCACAGUUUAGAUAUAUUCUUUUGUAAACAGUUAUGAAGCUAUCAUUAGCGUUCGUAAAAAAUCAUCGAGCACAUGCGUGGUUGAGUGAUACUGUUACGAACGUUAGUACGUAGCUUCACAACUGUUUACGAGAGAAUGUGGUUAAAUGUUUGAAUAACGAAGUUUUCUUGGUUGUUUAAAAACUUCUUUGUUUCUUUCCGCUUUGAAUCUAGGACUGAAUAUGUAAGCUCUAUGUCAAAUCAUGGAAGUUCCAAUACUUUAUGGCAUAAUACAAAGCACCACAGUCGGAUGUGAUACAGUUCGCAGUUUUACUUUCAGUUCACUCAAGGUACGUUUUGUAUUCUUGCUGCUGGUUGCGACUGCCGACCGCACAUGCCGACUGCAUGAAGUUGACCGCAGCUGCACUACGAGUUUGUAGGGAAUUGUCAUGAAACCGAUUUCACGUGCAGUUGCUGUCAAAUUUUACUACACUAACAGUUAAUACAUACACAAGUAGUGCUACUGCGGCCGACUUCAUGCAAUCGCGGAAUGUGCGGUCGGCGGAUACAGACGGCAGUAAGCAUUCAAUCCUCUAUGCUUUUUCUUAAACUUUUGUCAUCAAGUUACUCACGGUUACAAAUAGCACUUAUCUCAAAGUUUCAUGGCACCAACAGAAAAACACUCCAUACUUAGUUAACAUACCUACUAUUCCUGUUAAAACAGACUUCUUAAAUAUUUGAUAUCAGCUAAGAUUCAUUUCGUUCUAUAACUUUCACAAAAUUGAAUGUUUGAUGUUAAUUGUUAUACGAUUCUUUCAAAGUUACACCUACAGGCGACUUUUGCAUAUAAUAAUCAUCAUUAUGUGUAAAAGCCGCUUGUGUUUAGUACAUGUUAAAUACUAUUAACAAAAAAAUUAAAAAAAUGGAUGGAUAACUAACGGAAAUUAGGUUUUAAAUAUAAUGAUAGCUGUACAUAUUACUAAGGUUCUAUAAUUUGAUACAUCUUAUUUCGAAGGUAUAAUUUUAUAAGGCUUCAUUUAACUUUGGAAUUUCACACUUUGACGUUUUUUGUGUUAUUUCUAAUCCUUUGCUCGCACAACUACAAAAUUAUUUAUCAAAAGGGUUAUGAUUUUUUUUCUUGUCUUUAUCGAAACUCAUAGUAGUUCGGGGGUGCCGAACUAUUCUGUUACAAUCUGAAGGUUCUACAUAACAAUUCAUGAAAUGCACCCAUGUCCAUUGUAUUUAUUAUUUCCAAUGUAUAGUCAACAGCAAAAUACAAUGAUAAUUUAAAAUAAAUAAAUCUUGUAUAUAAGGCACAGAAUAAUAUUGAUAUUUAAGUUUCAGUCGCAAAAUUGUAUUGCAAUAAUGAAUAGUUUUGUUCUUGGCUGUACUGUGAUAAUCAUGAAUUUAAUUUUCAUCAAUCCUUGAUUGGUAUUAGCUAUAUUUUUUUUAUAUUUUCUUAUCGGUUUCCUGAUGAGCUAAACCAGACUGGUUUCUUUUGGGGUUUUUAAAUUAAAAUCGUGAUACUUUCUCAUUACAUUCCUUUCCUUAUUUUUCAUGAAAUUAUUAUUUUGUCCUUAACCCUUAGAUGCGUAGUUUUUCUUUACUAUUUAUACUUGAUAUUAGUGAUGUCUUUUCGAUGCAUAAUAAUGAACAUCGUUCUUAUUGAAGCAAUAUUUACCUAUUUUCAUAUACCUAAUAUCAGUAAUUUCAGAAUAUUUUAUUUUGUUGUCUAUCAAUUCUUCAAAAGUGAAUGAUUAUGCAUGCUUUUUCACUUGAAGUUGUAUUUCUUUUUUGUUUAUUUUUCUGUAACUCUGCAAUAAAUAAGGGCAAGUCUUUCGUUUAUAAACUUUACAUAUACUUUAGCUUUUAGGGUCUUUUCACAUUGGACGUUCGGUCUUGCGGUUGCGAUACUGACGUAACACCGCAUGUUUUGUAUGUUCUGGGAGCAGUGUUUAACAAGGUGUUAUGAACUUAACGUGACGAUGUCGACGUUGUCUCGUUAUUCACGCGUUAGCCAAAUAUAAAAUGUUCAUUAGCAUUACGAAUUAAAAUGAGUUUUUGUCAAUGAUUUAAUUAAUAUUUAUUGCGAAUGAUAUAAUUUUGUAAAUGAUCAAUUUUCGAUCAUAAUGAAAUCAUAAUGUCUUUAUAUCAACAAAUAAAUGAAUGAAUAUUGUAAAUAUUUUGGGAAUUAGAAUAAAGUACCUUAGCACUACGUAAUUACAAAUUUAUGUUAGAAAAUUGUCUUUUAGUUAUAUAGAUCUGUGACAUAAUAAGAUUUGCAAAACAAUAAUCGUUUCGGUUCACUUGUAAGUUACGUAUAGCGUUUAGAUAAACUUUAAUGUAAAAUUCCGUUUAACUAUAGUUUUAAGAAGUUUUGCAGUCACGAUAUUAAUCAAAUCUCUACAAAGUUGAUAUGAUUGACUGUCGUAGGUAUUUAAUGUAAAUUACACUGUUAUAUGUGUCAUAAAUUAUAGAGCACGUAUACCUGUAUCUAGUUAUAAAUGAAGUAUCUUAGUUAUUCAGGAGAAUAUGGGUGAAUUAAAGUAAACCAGGAGUCUAUUUACGAUGUAGGACAAUUUUUCUCAUAAGUUAUGUAGCGUGUGUAUGAGAACUAAUGCUUUAAUAUUUGUUUUGAUAUUCGGUGAUUGUUUGUGACGCGCAUCGUAAAUUAGAUCAAAAUUGUUUCAACUUACCGUGACUUCAAAUAUUGUUGGUAUGUGCAAAAGGUUUGCUUCGAAUAUUUUUGAUUGUUAUUAAAGCAAAAGCGGUACGUAGAUUUAUAAUUUUUGUAUUUGCGUUGUGUGUACGUUCAUUGAUUAAAUGUAAAUAAUAGUGUUGAAUGAGAUUUUUUCAUUGAGGCCGUAUAUUGGUCUUCCUAUUAAAUAAUUAUUUUGAUGUAAUAAUCUGGUAUGUAAUUAAAUGUUAGAUUUUUGGAAUUGUUUUUAUGUGUCGUAAACUUAAAAUUAUGUUGAGUUGGAGUAUUUAUGCCAAUAAUGUCCUGUUUGCAUUUUUGUCUACGAGGUAGCCACAAGUAAACGUUGUUAGUAUGCUUUCGGGCAAUAAUUGUAUCCUUUCCCAAAAACUAUACCACAACAUGGAUAAGUAAUAAGGCAUUUCGAUGCCCGGGCGUUUUAGUCCGCAUUUAUUUUCCAUUAUUCCUCAAACAAUUUAAAAAAAAACUAAACGCAACUGGAAACUUGAUCAACUUUUUUUGGUUAUGAUAAUGAGUUACUUCAAAAUUAUAAAAAAAAAAACAAUGAAAUUUAAAAAAAAAAACAAAUAUAUGAAUUAUAAGUAUGAAAUAUAAUUUAGUCUCUUCAUAUCCUAACACAAGGUCCGUUUUUAGGCUUGGGCUUUUUACCGGGUUCGAGAAAUGUUAGUUCUAUUUACAUGCUGACGAUACUUGUGGCUGAACAGUAGACAUGGACUUAUGUUAAGUUUAAGUAUUAUCUAGGUUACAAUUUUGUUGUUCGAUAGUAAGCUUAUUAUUAUAAUUUCUUAAUCAACAGCUGUCACAGUGCAGUUAUAUUGUUAUACGCAAGUAUAGACGCAGUGCUAUGCAGUCAUUGUUAAAUGUUUUCGAUUAUAUCCGAUAUUUGCUGCACUGUCCACUUGUCAUAAAAUAAUAAGAUCUCAUUAAUCGUUAAUUAACAAAUUGGAAUUUAAACUUUUCUUAUAAAUAUUAUGGAAGUAAAGUCGGGUACACUUGUCAUGAUAAUGUAUCUUGGUACAAAACAAUGGUAGUUAGUGCAACAUUGUACCGACUAUAAUCAAUAGAAACAAGUAUAAAAAAAGCUUGUAUAAAUUGCAUAUCAAUUCAGGCGAAGUAUAACAUCGGCAACUUCAGGAACAUUUGUCUGAAUAAUACCUUUUCUUUUUGUAUAAACUGUAGUUGUACACAUUUCUUUUUUAUACUUCAUUAAUGUAAAUUAAUCUGCUGUGUAGAUACUAUUAUAAUGUGGCAUUUAUUAAAUAAUCCUAAAAAAGUUUCAGUGUAAAUGUUAGUCGUGUAUAUAACACACUAUUGAAAUUAGGUAGCUUAAAUAUUUAUCUUUCAGUAUAUUUAGGACUCCUAACUUCGGUUUAAUUACGAAUUCAUGUGAUACUUCAGACUAAGUUGUAUAAGUACAUUGAAAUAAAGGAACUUCGUCUCUAGAAUUUA